AUGUCCGAAUUUAACAUCCUUACGCCCAAUGCGAUGCUCGGCUACGGCUACAACGUCGAGCAUUUCUGGUACGGCAUUCAAAAGUUCCAGCCCGCAGCCAUCAUCGUAGAUAGUGGCUCGACAGAUGGCGGGCCGUACAAGCUUGGCAUGAACAAGAUGACCAGAUGA